AUGACAGUGCUUAGGUCUAUUAGGACCUUCAUUUGGGGUGAAAAACCUUCAAACCCACAAGAAGCUAAGCUUUUGAAGAAAAUUGACUGGUUCGUAUUAUCAUUUGCUUGUUUGUUGUACUGGAUUAACUAUGUUGACAGACUUAACGUUGCUAACGCAUAUGUCUCUGGAAUGAAAGAAGAUCUCAACAUGGCCGGUAACGACUAUAAUAAGAUCAACACAGUUUUCACUGUGGGGUAUACCGUUUUUCUCAUUCCACAUAACUUGGUUCUUUUAAAAGUUAGACCAAAGUAUUGGUUAUCAUUCUGUGGGUUCGCAUGGGGAUUGUUGACCUUAGGUAUUUACAAAGUUACAGACUACAAGCAAAUUCUUGUCAUAAGAUUCUUCCAAGCUGGAUUUGAAGCUUCCACUUUCGUCGGGGUCCAUUUAAUCUUGGGUUCUUGGUACAAAGAAGAAGAAUUAACAAAGCGUUCAGCUAUCUUUACCUCAGCUGGGUUGAUUGGAAAUAUUUUCUCUUCCACAAUGCAAGCUGCGAUCUACACCAACAUGGAUGAUUUGAAUGGGCUUGCUGGUUGGAGAUGGUUAUUCAUUAUCGAUUUUAUUAUCACGAUGCCAAUUAUUUUGUAUGGUUUCAUAUUCUUCCCAGAUACUCCAGAAACUUGUAAUGCGUUUUAUUUCAAUCAGGAUGAGAUUGAACUAGCCAAAGCAAGAGUUCCUCAGAGAGAGAUAACUAAAUUUGACUGGUCUAUUUUCAAGAGAGUAGUUGGUAAAUGGCACUGGUGGUUAUUCUCCUUCCUCUGGGUACUUGGAGGAGAAAAUGAAUCUUAUGGUACCAAUACGGUAUUUGCACUUUGGCUAGAAUAUUUUGGCUACUCUGUUACUGAGAGAAACCACUACCCCAUGGGUGUUUAUGCGGUUGGUAUAGUGGCAACAAUUUGCUCUGCUCUCUACGUCGACAACACUGGAGCCAAGUAUCACUGGAGAAUUGCUUUAUUAAUUAUGACAUCUAUGCUCAUCUCAACUAUAAUAUUCCUUGCUAGACCAUUGGACGAUUCAUUUUUAUUUGCAUCACAGUUCUUGUCGGGUAUCUCUUACGCUGGCCAAGCAACCUUCUUUGCGUGGGCUAAUGUUGUAUGUCAACACGAUUUAGAAGAACGUGCUGUCGUAUUGGCUUCAAUGAAUAUGUUUAGUAAUGCAGUUAAUGCAUGGUGGUCCAUUUUGUUCUAUGCCGCUGAUACGGCUCCUAAGUUUAGAAAAGGUUGUUACGCGAUGUUGGCCACUUCUAUUGCAAGUGGACUUGUGGCAUGUGCAAUGAGAUACUUGCAGAUUAAAGAUCAGAGUAAAGAACAAAAAGAAAUGGGGGAAUUGGUGGACGUGGAAGCCCUCUCUGUGUCGUCGCAAGAACUUCUGCCUACUAAGGAAGUAGCUGUUGCUACAGAAGAAUCAGUGAAAUCUGACUGA